AUGAAACCCGGGCGUGACCAAGAGGUUGACGAUGAAAAGAUCAACCUGGAGCGAGAUGAAGAAGCCCAACGUCCAGAUACAGCGGGCUCCAACUCUUCCAAAUCUGUGGGUGACCAGGACGUCAUUGAGCCGGUCACCAUAGGCGAGCCCCUGGGUCAUAUAGAUACUCGGCCAUCUACCAAGCGUGCUCAGUCAAGAGCGUCGUCUGCGAGGUCAAGAGCCCUUUCUGUUGUCCCUAGAUCGAAAAGACGUGGUCUGCUUGCCAGAUUCACGCUGGUCCCUGAGAUUGCGUAUCCGCCUGAUUAUAAGAGUUCGACGAAAUGGUGUCUUACUGGUAUUGUUGCGCUGGCCACGGCUGCUGCACCGCUGGGUUCGACUAUUGUGUAUCCUGCCCUCGCUGUUCUGGCUAAAGAGUUCAACGCCUCAGAAACAAUUACCAACCUCUCAGUCGCUCUUUACAUGAUAUCCAUGGCCAUCUUCCCCCUAUGGUGGUCCUCCUUCUCCGAAGAGUUCGGCCGUCGGUCCAUCUACCUCAUCUCCUUCACCCUCUUCGUCAUCUUCUCUGUUCUCUCUGCCAUUAGCACGAACAUCACCAUGCUCAUCGUCUUCCGCAUGUGUGCCGGUGGUGCCUCCGCGAGUGCUCACUCCACAGGCGCUGGUUCCAUCGCUGACUUGUUUGAGGUGUUCGAGCGCGGAAAGGCCAUGAGUAUCUUCUACCUAGGUCCUUUGCUAGGACCUAUGAUAGCCCCCGUCGUAGGCGGUGCUCUGACUCAGGAGAUUGGAUGGCAGGCGACUAUGUGGUUUCUCGCCAUCUAUGGUCUUGUGGUUCUUCUCAUGAUUCUCUUCUUCCUCCCAGAGACACUGCAGCGCAAGCCUGAGACUACAUUGCCAAUUGCAGAUACUCAAGAGCUCAGCCGAAUGCGCACAAUGGACUCCGCCAAGGUCAAGACAAAGCGUCUCGCCAAAGCCACUCGACGAUAUCUCAUUGAUCCUCUGGGAGUUCUUCUCUACCUGCGGUUCCCGCCUGUUCUUAUCACCGUGCUUCUCGCAGCGAUUGCCUUUGGUUCUCUGUAUGUAGUGAACAUCGCCAUCCAGCAAAAGUUCUCGCGCGAUCCGUACAACUUUGGACAGCUUUCCAUCGGCCUGAUGUACAUCCCUUCUGGCCUGGGAUACAUCGUUGGAUCAUUAUUUGGCGGACGUUGGAUUGACAAGAUCAUGGCUCGAGAGGCACGCAAGGCUGGUCGUUACGACGAGAACGGCAAGCUGAUAUAUCUGCCCGAGGACCGCAUGAGAGAGAACGCUUGGGUGAUGACUACUAUAUAUCCAUUGGCGUUGCUCAUGUUUGGCUGGGUACUAAAGUAUGGCCUACACCCUGUGGUGCCAUGUCUCGCCCUCUUUUUCUUUGGAGUCUCAUCUAUGCUCGUCUUUUCCGUUGCAACCACUAUGCUCACAGAGCUUAUUCGAAAGCGUAGUUCUUCAGGCGUUGCUGUUAACAAUUUUGUUCGUAAUACCCUCAGUUGCAUCGGUGCUAUUGUUGCCGCACCGUGGAUUGACGCCAUCGACGUGGGAUGGGUCUUUACGAUUCUUUGCGUAUGCUGUUUGAUUAUUAGCUACACAUGUAUCAUCUUGUUGAGAAAGAAUGCGACGAAGUGGAGGAAGAACAUGGAUGAAGCAUUAAAUCAGUAG